CCCGGGAGGACGCCCUCGGCGGAGUUGAUGCGGGUUGGCGAGCGCCGCGCUGCCUGCGGUGGCGUCUCGAUCGCGGGGGCCAGGGAGUAGUCGGUGCGUGCGGGCUGCGCCUCUGUGUGCCGGUGCGCGCCUGGGCCCCUAGCCCGCAGCCGCAGCGAGACGCGCGCCUGGGCCCCCGGGAUGGAGCCGACCGAGGUGCUGAAGCCACGAAGCCUGGCCGACCUGAUCCGCAUCCUGCACCAGCUCUUCGCCGGCGACGAGGUCCAUGUGGAGGAGGUGCAGGCCGUCCUGGAGGCCUACGAGAGCGACCCCGCCGAGUGGGCGCUCUACGCCAAGUUCGACCAAUACAGAUAUACCCGAAAUCUUGUGGAUCAAGGAAAUGGGAAGUUUAACCUGAUGAUUCUGUGCUGGGGUGAAGGACAUGGCAGCAGUAUCCAUGACCACACCGACUCCCACUGCUUUCUCAAGAUGCUGCAGGGGAAUCUCAAGGAGACACUGUUUGCCUGGCCUGACAAAAAGUCUAACGAGAUGACCAAGAAGUCGGAAAGAACCUUGAGGGAGAACCAGUGUGCCUACAUCAAUGAUUCCAUCGGCCUGCACCGCGUGGAGAACGUUAGCCACACGGAGCCGGCUGUGAGCCUGCACCUGUACAGCCCGCCGUUCGACUCGUGCCAUGCCUUUGAUCAGAGAACAGGACAUAAGAACAAGGUCACCAUGACGUUCCACAGCAAAUUUGGAAUCAAGACUCCAUUUGUGACUGCAGGUUCGCUGGAGAACAACUAAGGAACAGCACGCCCGCUGCGGGACUACGAGGUCCCCUGGACGCGUGCCGUGGGCAAGCCUCCCUCCGCUGCUGUCGGGGACACACUCAAGGAAGCCAACGCGUCUGUCUCCUGGAAGGCAGGUGCUGAUUCUACGGCAUUACGUCAGCAAGCAGCGUCUGAGCUACCAGAAAUCUCACAGAAGACAAAUAAGUCUUGUGAUUCAAAGGCCAAAUCAAUGCUCUCCCAUUUCUAUCUCUGAACCCAUUGAAAGCAAGCGGAGUUUCCGUUAGGGGUUUUUUUUAAAUAGCUUUUGGAAACACUUUGGUCUCUGCACUGUAAGUAGCAAUAAGUAAAAACAGAAAACCAGACAUCAGAUGCCUGCUCUGUUAUUUGGGGGCUCAGUGUAGAUGGACUUUGUAUGUUCUUAAUAGUUGAAGAGAAAUUUCUGCAUCUGGGAAUUUUAUUUUUUCGACCUCAUUUUGCAAAUUCCUUUUCUAUGGGUGACAGGCACAUGCCAUUUGUUAUUGAAAUGCAGGGCAGAGAUUAAACCCAAACCCGUAACGAAGCCAAAACAGGAACUUGUGUCUCUUAUGUCCAUGGUCAUAGUCGAAGAUUUUGUACUGCUUCCAGAGGAGCCAAGCGAUUUUAAUAAAACUGGAUUUGAGCACA